CAAUAAUAGAUAUCGUUUAGAAAUUAGUUUUUCAUCAAUAAAAUUGAUCAUGAUUGAAUCGAUAAUGGAUCGAUUCUAUUUGGAAUUGAAUGCAUCACCAUUUUUGUUUCUAACUAGAUCAUCCACCAUGAUCAAUAAUAAUAAUAAUUUGAUGAGAAAUCAAUCACAAACACCAACAACAUCGACAAUGACGAUGACGAAAAUUCGAUACAAUUGGGAACGAAUCAAGAAUCUUCAAGCUAGUUUCAUUAAUUAUAAAGAUGCUCGUAAAAUUGAAAAUUAUGAUCCAGAUCUAAUCGGUUAUGCUAUUUCAUAUCGUAUCCAGUUGUUGAAAGAAUCAUUAAUGACGACCAAUAUUAUAAAUGAAUUAAUUCGUCUGGGUUAUAUUUGUAAAGAUUUGAAUCGAAAUUUUACAUUUUUAAUAAUCGCUGGUGGUGGUUGUAGUGGUGCUAGUAAUGGUAUUGUACAGCAGCAGCAGCAGCAGCAAAAACAACAACAACAACAAAUCAUCAAAUCCAUUCAUAUUGAUUCAAUUAAUUCUCGAUAUUCAAUGAAUACAUUGACCAAAAUGAUUGAUGAACGUUUUGCCAAUAAGAAUUAUGCAAUACUUUAUGCAUGUCGUGUACUAUUUUCAAAAUCCUAUAAAAUUAUUGAUUCAUUAUUAUCGAAAAAUGAAACAAUGAUUAUAUUCGAUACGAUAGAAAGAUUACUUACCGAAGAUGUUGAUCCAACAAUAAUUGAAGAAUGUUUAUAUUCAUUGGAUGCUAAAUAUAAGAUGAAUAUGAUCAUUGAUUUGAAAUGGGAAUUUGAAAAAAUUGUUCAAUUAUGUCAACAAAGAUAUACGAUGAUUAGAAAAAUUGAUCGUGGUGGAUGUAAAUCACCAUCAAUGCCAUCUAAUGAUGAUCAUGUUAUGAUGAGAUCGGCCACAAUGACACCAACACGAUUAGAAUUUAGUAGACCAAUGCCAUUGUUGCGAUCACGUUUUAGUAAUAUUGCUAAUCUUGAUUAUGCAUUACGAUUAACAUUGGCUGAAGAUAAUAAUCGUAAAUUGAAUGGAACAUUUAGUGAUACAAAUUUCAUUAAAGCAUCGAUUAAACCACGAUUAUUGGCUGGUAUUCGUGUUGGUGAUCGUUUCUAUCAAUUCCUUGGAUCAUCAUCAUCACAGAUGCGUGAAAAUGGUAUCGUUUUCUAUGCCUGUGAUGAUCAACAACGUACAGCUCAAUCGAUUCGUGCAUUGGUUGGAAAUCUAUCGAAUUUUAAACGUAAAGUGGCCAAAUAUAUUGCCCGUUUUGGUCUGGUAUUUUCACAGGCAAUCGCUUAUUAUCAUUAUGGUGAAACGGCUAAAGUGUGUAAAAUGGAUGAUCUAAAAACGGCAAACAAUGAAUUUUGUUUCUCCGAUGGUAUCGGUAUCAUGUCGAAUAAUAUUGCGGCGAAAAUAAAUCCAUUAUUACGAUUACCACGCGGUUAUUUGCCAUCAGCAUAUCAGAUACGUCAUGGUGGUUGUAAAGGAAUGUUAGUAUGCUAUCCAACGGCUAAUCGUGAAGGUAAAGAUGUUAUUUUAUUUCGUGAUUCAAUGAUCAAAUAUGAAUCCGAUGAUGAUUGUUUGGGUAUAUUGAAAUUUUCGGCACCACGUUCAGUAUGGUUAAAUCGCCCAUUGAUUAAUAUAUUGGAUCAACAAUGGGUACCGGCACCGGUUUUCUAUGAAAUAUUCACUGCCAGCACUGGAUUUAUAAUGAAAGCAUUAUUGUUUGAUCGGGAUGCAUUCCGUCUAGUCAGUGUUUAUCGUAAUUCAAAUCUACCAUAUCAACGAUUAUUUCAGGCUGGAUUUUCAUUUCUUCGUGAACCAUUUUUAAGGCGAAUACUUAAAUAUCUUUUAUUUUAUCGAUUAAAUGAAUUAAAAUGUAAAGCACGUAUUGCCGUACCUGAAUCGAAUGGUCGAAUGGCAUUCGGUGUGAUCGAUGAAACACAUCGAUUGAAUUGUGGUGAAAUAUUUUUCCAAUAUUCCGUAUUGGAUUUCAAUGGUAAUCCAAUUCCAGGCCGUACAAUUAUUCUGGAAAAUCAAGAAGUUAUGGUAACAAAAUUUCCUUGUUUAUCAUUGGGUGAUGUGAGAAAAUUUCGUGCCGUUAAUGUACCAUCAUUGACACAUAUCAAAGAUUGUCUAGUGUUUCCAGCCAAAGGUCCAAGGCCACAUACCGAUGAAAUGGGCGGUUCUGAUUUGGAUGGUGAUGAAUAUGCAAUAUUCUGGCAAACAGAACUUAUAUUUCCAGGAGGAAAUUAUCGCCCAAUGGAUUUUGUGAAUCAUACACCAGAUGAAUUGAAUCAUGAUAUUAAUCUUGAUGAUAUUGUAACAUUUUAUUGUGAUUAUUUACUCGAGAACAAUAUUGGCCAGGUAGCAAAUUGUCAUUUAAUGUAUUCAGAUUUCCAUCCAAAAGGUUUACGUUCAAACGAAUGUGAUGAAUUGGCACGUAAAUAUAGUAUUUCAUUGGAUUUUCAAAAAAAUGGUAUCAAUUCUCAGCUGCAAAGAAAAUAUCAACCAGAUUCCCGAUGGAUACGUCCAGAUUUUAUGGAAAAACGUAUACAUUGUAAAAGUUAUCUUUCAGAAAAAAUAUUGGGACAAUUUUAUCGCCAUUGUUCAUUGAUUGAAACAAUGAUACGUGUAUGGGAUGAUAAUCAACAACAAUAUAAAAAUCAUAAUGAAUCACCAGAUAAAAGAUUAAUAUUAACAGGAUGGAAACAAUAUGAAUCGGAAGCAAAUGAAGCAUAUCUUGAAUAUCAUCAUAAAUUAAUUGAAACAAUGGAAAUGAUGUUGAUUGAAUCAGAAUCAGCAUUAAUGAGUAAUGUUUAUGAUGAUAAAAAUGAUGUAUCACCAUAUAUUUUUGAUCAAUUAUUUCGUUAUUUUCAAAACAAAUUUGAAUCACAAUAUCAAAUGUUGAUUAAUCGUCACCGGGUGAAUGAUGAAGAUCAAGCUGACCAAAUAAGAUUAUUAUUAAUUUCAGCAUGGUAUACUAUUUGUUAUGAAAAUUGUCAUAAAAUUCAAUAUCAAUAUCGUGGAAAAUCAUUAUUGGGAUUACCAUUUAUGGUUCCAAAUGAAAUGAUACGUUUGGCCAAUAAUGUUGAACAUUUAAUGUUGAUACCAAAAUCAUCAAAACCACCACCACCACCAAUGUUGAGAAAUCAUCUUGAACAUUCAUCAUCAAUCAUAAUGAUGAAGAAUGUUCAAAUAUUAAUCAUCAAAUGGAUUGAACGAAUGAAUCGAAUAAUAUUUAAUCAAACAUCUUCUAUGGAAAGACCGUCAUUGUCAUCACAAAUGUUACGAUUAUAUAAUAAUGAAUUAAAUUGUUGGGAAGAAAAAAUAUCCGAAGAUAUGAUCAUAUCGAAUUUGAUACGUGAAAAACUUGAAAAAAUAAUCAUUCAACAUGAUAGUAAUAAAUUGUACACAGAUCAAAAAUCACGACAUCAUCAUCAUCAAUGGACAAUGUUUACAUUGUUUCAAGAAUUUAUGCUUCAUCUUUAUGAACAAUGUAAUCAAAUUGAAUGGAUUGUACAUCGUAAACAAUUUAAAGAAUUAUUAUUAAUACGUUAUGGAUUAUUUUCAUUGAAUUUCUUUAUGGAUUCUGGUGAUAUGAUGAUAAUUGAUGAUGGUGAUGGUAAUUUAAUAAUUCCCAAGAAUUCAACUGCAAAUGAUGAUUCAAUUCCAAAUAGUGGUGACGGUGAUGAUGAUCUGGAUGAUUCGUGGAAAAUGAAUGAAAUUUUUGAUGAAUAUUUGAAUCGAUUAUUUAGGGAUUAGAAAAUCAAACUCAUACUGGUGCUACUGCUGAUGAUGACGACGA